AUGUUUUCGAACGAGCACCUCGAAAAGUUGCUGGAAGAGCGCAAGAGACUAGCCGAGUCACGUGGAUUCACCCUAGAGUAUCAACAGGAACAGGAAAAGAUUGAGAAUACUGUUUGUCACCCUCGAAUUGCUCCAGCCACGGAGGAGAAGUACGAACGAGCGGUUACCAACUGGGCGCUGUGGAGGCUCUCUCGGAGCGAACCCAAGGAUGCAAAUCUUACCAGAGAAGAUCCCGACCCGACGCCACAGCAACUAAAACUAUUCGCAGAAAGCUACGUUGUUUCCCGAAAGACAAAGCCCUCUCAGAAGUCAGCAUGUAAUAAUUUCACUUGUUUCACCUCUAAGUGGGAGCGUGAAACGUCGCGAACGCUUCCCUUGGGUUUAAAAAAGGAUGUUCUGAAUAUCAUCUUCUUCACCAUCUAUUUGGCGAAGACAACCAUGAUUAUGUACACGAGCGUGCAAGAGUACAGACUGCAAGUUCACUGGCUCUCUUUUCUGGCUCUGCUGCUAGAGCUGGUGCUAUUGUCGAAUCGAGCUCGUACAGGAAAACCAAUGAAUGCCUCUACUAUAAGCAUCUGA